CUAGGUUUAGCGCACGGAUUUGUCUCAAGUGGAUUAUUUAUAUGCGCAGGUGGAGUACUUUAUGAUAGAUCAGGUACUAGAUUAAUUUAUUUCUAUAAAGGAGCCGCUCAGGUAAUGCCUUUAUUUUCUAUACUAUUUUUCAUUUUAUCUUUAGGUAAUUGUGGAGUACCUUUAACUCUAAAUUUUGUGGGGGAGUUUAUGUCUCUUUAUGGUACAUUUGAAAGAUUACCUUUAUUAGGUAUAUUUGCUAGCUCUUCUAUUGUAUUAUCUGCAGCAUAUACAAUAUAUAUGUAUAAUAGAAUUUCAUUUGGUGGAUCUUUCAGUAAAUUCUUUGAAGAAAAUAUAACUGAUGUAACUAAAAGAGAAUUCUUUAUACUAUUUACUUUGAUCGUC